AUUCGGGUCAAAGUCGGAAGUGUGUGACGUUGCACUUUAGACUGAAAUUGACGGUUUGCGUCUGAACGUUUGGCUUAUUUUCUCUGGUUAAAAGUGAUUUUAUUUUAAUGUCUGUGCGUGUUUAAAGGUUGUCGCCGUGUAGUUCGUGGACCGUCACAAUGCGCUUGAUAUUAACGGCUGUGGUGUUGGUGUCGAUAUUUCUGUAUAUUUCCGACGGUGGCCUGGUUCGCCGUGAUACCGGCGCCGUAGGCAGUACAAGCCACGACGCGGCAGACAACCGAACGGCGGCCGAUGCGGUGACCGUCCAACCGACCAACGAAAGCCUAUCAGAGGAGAAGAUAGUCGAGCCGACUGCCCUAUUAAAGGGCGGGACGGUUGAGGUUCCUGAACAAUCAAAUGGCGAGAAGAACGAGACGACUGAACGGGCUAUGAACAAGACGAAUGGGACACCUGAAAAAUCUGUGGGCAAGAAGGAUGGGACGACUGGCCAGUCUGUGGAAAAGAAGGACGGGAUGACUGGCCAGUCUGUGGAAAAGAAGGACGGGACGACUGGCCAGUCUGUGGAAAAGAAGGACGGGACGACUGGCCAGUCUGUGGAAAAGAAGGACGGGACGACUGGCCAGUCUGUGGAAAAGAAGGACGGGACGACUGGCCAGUCUGUGGAAAAGAAGGACGGGACGACUGGCCAGUCUGUGGAAAAGAAGGACGGGACAACUGGCCAGUCUGUGGAAAAGAAGGACGGGACAACUGGCCAGUCUGUGGAAAAGAAGGACGGGACAACUGGCCAGUCUGUGGAAAAGAAGGACGGGACAACAACUGGCCAGUCUGUGGAAAAGAAGGACGGGACAACUGGCCAGUCUGUGGAAAAGAAGGACGGGACGACUGGCCUGUCUGUGGAAAAGAAGAAUGGGACAACUAAGUACCAAGAGGACAAGACGGAUAAUCCAAGCGUCCAGACUGAAAACAAAAAAAUUACAGGCCCGCCGGGUGACACGGUAGAGAAGACGACCAGUAACCCUGAAGAUCAACAAACCACCAUUAUGAAUAAAAGUGAAGAGGAAACGCUAAAUCCUGAGGAAGAUGGCGAGGAUAAAUCUGUGGGAGUAACUGCGAAUAAUCCUGAUGAUGAAGAGGAUGAGAAUAAUCCUGAUGAUGAAGAAGAUGAGAAUAAUCCUGAUGAAGAGGCCGGGGAUAAGCCUCAGAAAAAGGGCAAGGUUAAUCUUGAGGAAGUAGGAGAGCUAGAGCAAGACCCUGAAAAUGUGGAUGAUGGUAUAGACAGUGGUAGUGAUGGUAUAGACAUCGGGGGUGAAGUUGAAUUGGAGAGAAACGGAGGGAAGAAGGAGGUCUUUACUCCCACACAGGAGGGGGAGAGCAGUCACUUCUUCGCCUACCUCGUCACCACUGCCGUGCUGGUGGCCGUCCUGUACGUCGGAUAUCACAACAAGCGCAAGAUCUUUGCCUUUCUGCUUGAGGGCAGGAGGUCGAGGUACACGAGGAGACCCAAAACAUCCGACUAUCAGAAGCUCGACCAACAUUGAGACGCCGAGUCGUGGUGACGCUGUAAGGUGCAGGAGAGUUACGUCGGCACGACUGAAGGUCACACUGAUGUUUCCUGCUUUAGUCCAGUCUGAGCUCAAAGACCUCAGUGUGUUAGACAUAGAGAGAUAUCAUGUGAAUGUUUCUUCUUUUUUUUCUUUGGUUCUUUACGCUCGUCCGUGUGUUUGAUUUGAUGAGCGAUGGAUUAAAUGUGUAUAUUUGGUUUUGGGUUAGAUCUGUCCAUUCAGGGUUGAGAGAGAGAGAGAGAGAGAGAGAGAGAGAGAGAGAGAUGUAGAAGCUUCCAGAAUUCAGGGCUUAUUUUUGAAUUAAACGGCUUUGCGCAGGCCGGGCUGUGGCAAUGUGCACUCAUUAAACUCUCCUUAGACCUCAACUCUACUCUUUAACCACCUUUUUCUUUUUUUUGGUCCAAGCCAACUUCAGAAUUACUAAUGUUGUAAAAGUGAAAAAAAAGCACAAGGAAAAAGAGAGAAGUGAAUUAUCGUCUGCCUGUUGCAUUGUGUAUGUGGGUGUGUGUGUGUGGGGGUGUAAGGGGUGUGUGUGUGUGUGUGAGAGAGAAGGAUCUCAGGAUGAUUAGGAUGAUUCAGGACUUUGUACAGAGCGCUUCCUCUUCAAAGCAGACAAAGAAAAUGGCUUCUAGUGACCAGAUUCAUUUAAAUGUUCCUUUCAGGAUAUUUUCCAUGCUAAUGAUUUAGAAUUUCACCUUAACACUUAGAGCUACAGCUACACAGAGGACACUCUUCAAACAUUCGGUAUAAUACCGAACUGUGAUCUAGGAAGCAUGCGGGAUGAUUGUAGUGUGAUUAGACAAUAGAAGGAAAAGGACCAAACCACCAGCAGCAGCAGCGCCGUUACAGUUAAACAGAUAAACAUCACUAUUAACACUCUGUGAUCAUUUAUUACGAGUGUCUGGUGUCGCUCCUGAUGCGCUUCUGAAGUUUCGGAACUCUGUUUUGUGUGUGUGUGUGUGUGUGUGUGUGUGUGUGUGUGUGUGUGUGUGUGUGUGUGUGUGUGUGUGUGUGUGUGUGUGAGAUUUUGAAGUCUGAGCUCAUGUUCACUGGAUGUAAACAGAAUGAUGUCGAUUAUAAACAGCCAUAUAAAGACAAGAGGUGAACGAUCAAAGGAUGACUUGGAGAUUUAUUGUAGAAAUCUAUUUCUAUUUUCUGUUGAACUUCAGACCAAAAAAAAAAUUGUUAUAAUGAUGUCAUUAAAAAAAGGCAGAUAUAUAUGAUGUCAGAUUUCUUUGUAUAGAUAGUGUGUGUGUGUGUGGUAUGUAUGCUGGUUUUCUUGCACUGUCUUUUGAUUGUGUGUGUGUGUGUGUGUGUGUGUGUGUGUGUGAUCAGGAAACCACAACCACUGUUCAAACCUUUAUAGAUGAAGAUAAAGAUGAUCAUGUUUCUGUCUGUAAGGUCUGAUUUUUAUUUUAUUUUUUUUCACUUAAAAAUGCUGUUUUUGGAUAAAAUCUUAAUUAAAAAAAUCUUUAAUUUCUG